CCUCAGCCAAUGGGCGGCAGCCACAGAGCGUUUUGUCCGCAGAGCCGGGCGCGGGGCUCCUAUAAAAGGCGCCCAAAGCGGGGGCGCGCGCCCCAGAGACGCGAACGGUCGUUGCGGAGGUUGGGGGCGGCUGCUACGCCGCCUGUCUGGCACCUGGGAGCGCAGCGGAGCCCCGACGCCACCAUGGAGUCCGAGACCGAACCCGAGCCCGUCACGCUGCUGGUGAAGAGCCCCAACCAGCGCCACCGCGACUUGGAGCUGAGUGGAGACCGCAGCUGGAGCGUGGGCCACCUCAAGGCCCACCUGAGCCGCGUCUACCCCGAGCGUCCGCGUCCGGAGGACCAGAGGUUAAUUUAUUCUGGGAAGCUGUUGUUGGAUCACCAAUGUCUCAGGGACUUGCUUCCAAAGCAGGAAAAACGGCAUGUUUUGCAUCUGGUGUGCAAUGUGAAGAGUCCUUCAAAAAUGCCAGAAAUCAGCGCCAAGGUGGCUGAAUCCACAGAGCAGCCCGCUGGUUCUAAUCGGGGACAGUAUCCUGAGGAUUCCUCAAGUGAUGGUUUAAGGCAAAGGGAAGUUCUUCGGAACCUUUCUUCCCCUGAAUGGGAAAACAUCUCAAGGCCUGAAGCUGCCCAGCAGGCAUUCCAAGGCCUGGGUCCUGAUUUCUCCGGUUACACACCCUAUGGGUGGCUUCAGCUUUCCUGGUUCCAGCAGAUAUAUGCACGACAGUACUACAUGCAAUAUUUAGCAGCCACUGCUGCAUCGGGGGCUUUUGUUCCACCACCAAGUGCACAAGAGAUACCUGUGGUCUCUGCACCUGCUCCAGCCCCUAUUCACAACCAGUUUCCAGCUGAAAACCAGCCAGCCAAUCAGAAUGCUGCUCCUCAAGUGGUUGUUAAUCCUGGAGCCAAUCAAAAUUUGCGGAUGAAUGCACAAGGUGGCCCUAUUGUGGAAGAAGAUGAUGAAAUAAAUCGAGAUUGGUUGGAUUGGACCUAUUCAGCAGCUACAUUUUCUGUUUUUCUCAGUAUCCUCUACUUCUACUCCUCCCUGAGCAGAUUCCUCAUGGUCAUGGGGGCCACCGUUGUUAUGUACCUGCAUCACGUUGGGUGGUUUCCAUUUAGACCGAGGCUGGUUCAGAACUUCCCAAAUGAUGGUCCUCCUCCUGACGUUGUAAAUCAGGACCCCAACAAUAACUUACAGGAAGGCACCGAUCCUGAAACUGAAGACCCCAACCACCUCCCUCCAGACAGGAACGUCCUAGAUGGCGAGCAGACCAGCCCCUCCUUUAUGAGCACAGCAUGGCUUGUCUUCAAGACUUUCUUUGCCUCUCUUCUUCCAGAAGGCCCCCCAGCCAUCGCAAACUGAUGGUGUUUGUGCUGUAGCUGCUGGAGGCGUUGACAGGAAUGGACUGCAUCACCUGACUCCAGCUAGAUUGCCUCUCCUGGACAUGGCAAUGAUGAGUUCUUUAAAAACAGCGUGGAUGAUGAUAUGCUUUUGUGAUCAAGCAAAAGCAGAAACGUGAAGCCGCGAUACAAAUUGGUGAACAAAAAACGCCCAAGGCUUCUCAUGUCUUUAUUCUGAAGAGCUUUAAUAUAUACUGUAUGUAGUUUAAUAGGCACUGUAAGUAGAAGGCCUUAGGUGUCGCAUGUUUAUGCUUGAGGAACUUUUCCAAAUGUGUGUGUCUGCAUGUGUGUUUGUACAUAGAAGUCAUAGAUGCAGAAGUGGUUCUGCUGGUACGAUUUGAUUCCUGUUGGAAUGUUUAAAUUACACUAAGUGUACUACUUUAUAUAAUCAAUGAAAUUGCUAGACAUGUUUUAGCAGGACUUUUCUAGGAAAGACUUAUGUAUAAUUGCUUUUUAAAAUGCAGUGCUUUACUUUAAACUAAGGGGAACUUUGCGGAGGUGAAAACCUUUGCUGGGUUUUCUGUUCAAUAAAGUUUUACUAUGAAUGACCCUG